UCAUCUGCAUGAGAUGAUCUUGGUCGUUGCGGCGUUCACCGGCACGUACUCAAACACUCCCAGGUCUUCAAUCGACUUCAUCUCACGAUCCAUGGCUUCUUUCCAUUGGUCUGCUGCUGCUGAUUUGAUGGCUUGGUUAUACAUCUUCAGUAUGGUUGGCUGAAAUAGCUGUGAAAGUGAUGGGUCAUCUGCGGUCUUGUCAUCUUCCGAUGGGUCUUUUGUCAU